AUGACCUACACAUCGUCGCCCUACACCAUGUCGGGAGGCUACACGUAUCCAAGCAUGCCGGCAGCAACGUACAUGCCUGCUACAAGCGGCUUGGAUCACUCCCAGGGAAAGUGGUUCGCACCCGGCGAGGCCCUGCCCCCUGGCUUCGUGAUCACCACUCACCCGGAAGGCCACACGGCACCCCAGGAAACCCAUGCUAUGACGGACAAGGCCCGCGAAAGCUUCGUGGUCACCGGCUCCUCCCUUCCCAAGGCGGCUGCCCCAGUGAAGAAGAGCAAGAAGGACAAGAAGAAGAAGAAGUCCAGUGAUGGCAAAUUCGGACUCAUCUCUUUUGGCCGACAGAGGUUCGCGCAGCACAUGGCGAAUCCGUGUAUGGCAUCAGUCCCGGCUGAGCCCAUGUACACGACCAUGCCGGCCUACACGACCGAUCCUGCAGCAGCGGCGCCCGUGUACACGACCAUGCCGGCCGAUGCAAUGCCGGCGUACACGAUCCAGCAAGAUGCCGGCGUGCCUGUGACCUACACAGCGUCGCCCUACACCAUGUCGGGAGGCUACACGUAUCCAAGCAUGCCGGCAGCAACGUACAUGCCUGCUAUGAGCGGCUUGGAUCACUCCCAGGGAAAGUGGUUCGCACCGGGCGAGGCCUUGCCCCCUGGCUUCGUGAUCACCGCUCACCCGGAAGGCCACACGGCACCCCAGGAAACCCAUGCUAUGACAGACAAG